AGAACUCCUCCUCAAAGCCUCCGUCACUUGAAUCGUCUCCACCAGCGUUGCAAACGGCCUUCCAGUUUCUGGAUUGAUAUGCCUCAUACUCGGUCCUUGCGGGACAUGACUAUCGCGACGGAACUGUUGGGCCAUACCAUGCAUGCGUUCGACCUCGCGCAAUCCUACUUCAUGCCUUUCUUUAGUGGGCUGGUAGCUGAAUCCAAUAUAUUCUGCUUUUUCGAAUGCGGCUUUGUCGGCGGCAGCUGUCUUGGCUGAGCGGGAUCGACUAGCGAAGGAAUGUAUGUGAUGCCUGUUCAAGGGUGUAUGUAACCCUCCAACGGCCUUCGAGGAAUCCGGUCUCUGCUCGUGUGGCGGUAUAGUGUUUGGCGGCGAUGCGGUCUGCAUACCCAAGCUUCCUGAUCGCUUUCGAUUGCUUGGGUUAUCGCUAGACAUGAUCUUUCGGCAGGCCUCCGGUGGUAUUUCCUGACGGGGAUUGUACCUCGUUGAAGCUGGACGAUAUCGUGAUGGCGGUGUGGAUCUUUCGGUCGGAUGCUGUCUAAAAGCACUCGAGUUUGUGCUAAAGGCAUAAUUCGAGUAGCUUGUAUUUCCCAUGGAAUUCGAACGUUGUCCUCCAGCUGAUCGUUGCAGGUCUCUGUAAUUCCAUUGACUACGCCUCAGUCCAGAGGUGGCAGAAGGCGAGCUUAGACUUUCCGCAGCGGUAUCAUAUGCAGUACUGUGCGUCGAGCAUGUGCGGGCUCGGCUUUCUUCCCAAGUCAUCUUUCCCGGUGUUGACGAGGUUGAGCAUUGGCCAUACAUCUGCGUACACAAGGUCGCCUGCAACAGGUUUUCGCGUGUUAGCGGCAUAACAUCAGCUUUAUACUGAGGGUACAUGGACGGAUGCCUCCGACUGUACAUAGAGCCAGAAUUUGAGGUUCUAGCUGUAGAAAAUGUAUGGCGGGACAGACCCGCGUCACUUUGUCGGCUUCCAGGCGCUUCACGAGUUGCUACAUAAUUCGAUGCGACAGCCCUUCUUUGGUUGGGGAACGAAGAACUAGUCGCUGUCGAUGUACAGGGACCAGCCAACGAGUAUCGACGUUUGGUGCUGUAGUCGUCUGCAUAAGGUCCUGGAGCAUCUGUAUGGAACGAUGUUCGCAAAUUCGAAGUAGGGGCAUAUGCAGAUGAUGCACUUGGUUGCCCCAUGGUAUUUGAGUUUCGUCUUGCGACAUCAACUGAGGUUCGCUUACGAGAAGGCUCCGGUGGUAAGAAUGCGCUGCCAGCUUUCAAAUGUUGCCAAUUGCGAUGCGCUACUCUCUCGCUUUCUUCCUUGGCUUUCAGUCUCUUCACUGUCGACUCGAUAGCCCGGCCAAUCUGGCGUCGGCAAUCACCAUCAGGCCGCAUUGUCUUCUUGAAGCUCCCAUCCAGUCGAGCAUAUCCCGCGGCUGUGGGGCAAAAGCUCUCAAAAUCUCCGUUGAGAUCCCGCAAGUCUCCACCCGUGCCUUUCCACGACGCUACCGUUUCGAGAAUCCAUUGUGGCCAUCUUUGAACGAUGUUAUGUCCUUUGAAGCACAGCACAUCGUAAAGAAAAAAUCGGGUGCUAUUUGCAUCAGUGUCUCGUUUCGGAAGUUGAGAGACCUCGGUCUCUUGCGGCCUGACGUCCUUUACGUUUGUGGGGAGAGAGAAGCCGGAAGGCGGGCCGGAAGAUUGACUUCCAUCAGCCUGUGACGGAGAUGCGGAUCGGUUCUUCGACUUGAAAAGCCAUUUCCAGCGUGGCAUUGCGGGCAGAAUUGAUAGACAGUUUGGUCUACAUUGUACCGUGUUUCCUGAGAGGUGCGCAUCGACAACACAGUAAAUUCGCCAAACCGUAAAUACACAAUGCGACGAAAUUACCGUGGGGACCCAUGGAAACUGGAUGUGAAUUGCGUUCGAUGACAUCAAACGAGGGUUCUGGCCCGGGCUCGAAAAUGAAGCGCGCUCCCAACUACCAUGGUUGACAGUGGUAGUAAAGGCUAGAAUACCAUUGUUUCGAGUGAUUGGUUGGCUUCGGCAUUGGGGAGUGGUGCCGAAACCUGUGUUGACGGGGCC